AUGGCGAUCAUUGAACUUAUAUUUCCACGCGUGAAGACCGAUCCUGCGACAUUGGAAACAUUGGAGAAGGACUGGCCAACUUUGAGUAAAGGAUUGACCCAUCCGAAUCCCGGUCUACUUCAUGCAUUUCGAGGAUGGGUUUUGACGGAAGAUGGGAAGGAUGUCAGAGAGAGACAUCAUGAAUUUCUUCUCUUUGAAUGGAACGCGGCGAAUUCAUUUCAUGACUUCGUCGGCUCUGAGCAAUUUGCGGCAUUCGCUAGCUCAGUCAGACCUUUGGUGACCGGACCGCCCACUCUGCAACUCUUCGAAACGAGCUUUUCUCCAAAGGAUGCAGCCUCGGCGCCUGUGGUUCAGAUCAUUCGUACACAAGUCUCCAGCUUGGAAGAUGCCGCGGCCUCACUGCAAGUCUGGAAGAAGAUGUAUAGUCUUCUCGUCAGUGAGGGAGGGGGCCGAGCUUGUGCAACCUUCGGCACUAGUUUGAAUCUAGAAGAAACCACCAUUGUUGGUAUUAUCGGAUGGCUGAAUCUGGAGGAUCACAACCGAGCGUCCUGGGACGGUGAUUUCCUGAAUUAUUUGAAUACUCUCAAGUCAUUUGGGCGGGUCUCGAGCAUCACCGUCGAUAUUGAUGCAAUGGAGAUGUAG